AUGUUGGUGGGGUGGUGGCUUGUGUUCUGCCUGAUAGUCACAACAGGGUUCAAUUCCUCUUUGAUGGCCCACCUAACUGUACAAGGCAGAACCCGGCCACUGGAGACCUUCCAGGACCUGGUGAACCAGCCUGGCUGGAGGUGGGGAACUGCUUCUUAUGUGCUAACAGAAGCAGUUGUUGAUUACUUUGUGAAACAUCCAAAUUUUGCAGUAAAUCAAAUAUAUCAUAAAAUGGAGAUUAUACAAAAAGAUGAAGGACUAAAGAAGGUGCUGGCAGGGGGAUUUUCCUUCAUCAUCAACAAGAACUUUGUCACCAUCAACAUCGCCACUCAAUACACGGACGAGACAGGAAACACUCCCUUCUACAUCAGCAGAGACAUUCCAAUGUUUUUAGCAAUGGGAUGGAGUACCAGAAAAGGCGCACCUUUUCGCCAACGAUUCAAUCAACUGAUGACUCACUUAGAUGCUGCUGGAAUUAUUACCUACUGGACUAAGACCGUUACAGCCAGUAAAGUGAGAGAUGAAAGGCAGGCAGUAAAACAAGAUUAUAAGCAUAUCCUCGGAGAUACAUUAAAG